AUGAUUUAUCAACCGUCUAAUGAAGAAUCAUCAAAUGAACAACAAUUAAUGAUCAAUUCUAAACUUGAAGAAAAUGAAAAUGAUGACAAUAAAAAACUUUGGUAUUUAUUUCAAGAAAAUAAAAAUAUU